AUGGCUGAAAAUAUACCAAUUGAAGAAUAUCUACAACAAAUUAGUCAUGCUACUGAUAUAAUACAAUCCAAAAUCAAUGCUAAUCCAGCAAUCUCAAAACCUAGAGUUAUGAUAAUUUGUGGAUCUGGUCUUGGAGGAAUAGCAGAUAUUUUAAACCCCAAGAAGAAAAUUGAAAUUUCAUAUUCACAAAUUCCAGGUUUUAAAACUUCAACAGUUCAAGGUCAUGCCGGGAAAUUAGUUUUUGGAUUAAUUGGUGAAAAUGAAGUACCUGUAAUGUGUAUGGUUGGUCGUUUACAUUUUUAUGAAGGAUAUACUUUUCAACAAACUACAUUUCCUAUAAGAGUUGCAAAAGAAUUAAAUAUAUCAACGGUAAUUGUAACGAAUGCCGCAGGAGGUAUAAAUGAAUCAUAUAAACCAGGAGAAUUAAUGGUAAUUGAAGAUCAUAUAAAUUUCCCAGGAUUAGCUGGUUGGCAUCCAUUGAGAGGACCAAAUUUAGAAUCUUUUGGACCUCGUUUUCAGCCAUUAUCUGAUGCAUAUGAUCAUGAAUUAAGAAAAUUAUUUGUAAAAACUGCAAACAACUUGGGUAUAAAAAGACCAAUUCAUGAAGGAACUUAUUUUUUUGCUGCUGGACCAACAUUUGAAAGUAGAGCAGAAGUACGAGCAAUUAGAGUUUUGGGUGGUGACGCUGUUGGAAUGUCUACAGUUCCAGAAGUUAUAGUAGCACGUCAUUCUGGUUUAAAAGUAUUUGCAUUAUCUUUAAUAACAAAUGCAGGAGUUGGUGAAAAACCACCAAGUGCAUUACAUGAAAAUCCAAAAGCAUUAGAUGAAGGUAUGGCUAGUCAUGCUGAAGUUUUAGAAACUGCUGAUGAAGCUUCUAAAGAUGUUCAAAAAAUUAUAGAGUCAAUGGUAAAUGAAUUAUAG